GCGAAUGUCUGGCGAUUGUGAUUGUGGAUAUCGUGCUGCAGAGAGAAUAACAUCUGAAACUGAAUUAACCAGAUCUGAGCCUUCCAAAACGACUUCUGAUGGGAACAGCUGUUUCUCGUAAAAAGGAGGAAGAUGGCGUCGCAUUGACAGAUGAUCCCGCUACUGGAUAUGGGGCGACGGAGGGACAGCCAGCCAGCAAAGAAGAACAUGAACAGACUCGGUUAUUUGACCUUGACCCCUGGUACUUUAAAGAGGUCAGAGAGUUGCUUUGGCUUGGUGGUCCACUGAUCGUGUGCAUGUUACUCCAGUUUGCUAUCACGCCAAUCAGUUUGAUGUUCUGUGGUCGGCUGACGAUAGUGGAGUUCAGCGCCGCGGCCUUAGCCAAUACCAUCAUACUCAUCACUGGCAUUUACAUCGGGAAUGGUCUCACCACGGCCUGUGAUACGUUAUUCUCUCAGACAUUUGGGGCAGGAAAUAAUAAAGAAAUAGGACUGGUGCUCCAGCGAGCGAUGUUGAUCAUGUUGUUGUGUUGUCUCCCAUGCUGGGCGCUUCAUCUGAACACGGAGUCCAUCUUAGUGUUGUUAGGGCAGGAGAGAGAGAUAUGUUGGUUGACUGGAAGAUAUCUCCGCGUGUUUCUUCCUGGGCUUCCGGCCAACUUUCUCUAUCAAGUUCUCGCAAAAUAUCUUCAAAACCAGAACGUGGUGGCACCCGUGAUCGUAGUUCUUUUUGUUGGUAACAUCACCAAUGCUUUAUCUCAUUAUUUGCUAGUUUUCCAAGCUGGCCUAGACCUGACGGGAUCAGCCCUGUCCCAGGUCAUCGCCCAGUACUCUCUCCUCAUCACCAUAUCUCUCUAUAUUUACAUUAGUGGCUUCUACAAAUCAACAUGGGACGGUUGGUCCGUGUUGGCCUUCACCGACUGGUGCAACUUCCUCAAAUACGCCAUUCCGGGCAUGGUGAUGGUGGUGCUCGACAGCCUGUGUUUUGAGAUUGGCACAUUUGCGUCUGGAGUCCUCGGCGAGGUUGUCCUUGGAGCGCAGACAACAAUAAACCAAAUAGAUGCUUUAUUUUACCAGUUUUUACAAGGUUUAGCUAUCGCUUGUAGUAUCCGCGUUGGGCAGCACCUUGGGGGCAACCACGCCUUCAACGCUCACAGGUCUGCUCGGACUUCCCUAGUGAUAGGAACCGUAGUGGGACUGGUAUCGUCCAUAUUCAUCGUCUCGUUUAGGGGCAUUCUGCCAGAAGCUUUCACGACAAAUGAUGAUAUUGUGCAUCUUUCGUCAAAGAUCCUGCCCAUUACCGCAGUAUUUCAACUUGCGAGUUCUUUCACGAGCAUCGGAAUGGGUGCUCUCCGUGGCUGUGGUCGGCAAACAGUAGGUGCCGCAAUGGGAUUCGUAUGCUUUUACGUAAUCGGCCUGCCCAUUGCAUUAUGUCUGAUGUUCUUCACCGUCAUCACCUUAGCAGGGUACUGGUGGGGAAUAGCGGUAGGCUUUAUAUGCGGAGCAGUAUUCAUCCUCCUGUAUCUCGAGAAGCAGACCGACUGGGACCAAGAAGCAAAACUGGCACGGGAAAGAGCAGGGGUGAACGGUACGAACGUGAUGGAAUAUACAACACAAGAAGUCGACUCCGCGCCCAUGGAGGAGGGAGAGGGGGAUAGCGAGACUGACGAUAAAACCAAGUUACAUAGACUUCCCAAGGAGCCCGUGAACUGGAGAAAGAUUAUCAUACUGCGGACAAUCAACAUCUUAAUGUGUGUGGCUGUCCUAGGGCUUAGCGUCUUCUCACAUUAUUCUGUGACUGAUGUUGCAGGAGGGUAUGGAACUAAUAUGACGUUACAUCAUCCAGGGACGAAUCACAGCACGUUUCAUGGCGAAUAAUAGAGAGCUUAUGAUGUUGGUCCGCGAGAAAGAAAACGACAAUGAGGUGGCAUUUUGGCCACGGAUUUCGCAGUGCCUACUUCCAGCGGUAUUGCCUCCGUAGCCUCAACCCAUACAACUGAAGCCAAUGGUUCUGUAUCUCGCGCGCCUCACUUUACGGUGCACCUCGCCCAAAUUUGACCCAAUUCUGCCGUAUGCAAUGUAUACUGUCUUUAGUAAAAAGACAGUGACACUGUCUUUAUCGUACAGUGUUAUAGAGGUUCUUCACGUGACGUUUUGACGGCCACCUGCCAAUGCAUUUCCUUUACGUGGUGACCACAUGUGACGGCCAAUAUGGCAGUGCAAAACAAUAAUAUUGGCAACGUCAUCAUGUGACGUCAGUGAAAAACCUCUGGACGGUAUAAAGCAGAAUACGGUGAACCCAAUUUUCGAUAUACAGACUUCACUUUCCAUGACUUCUGCGCUGCUAAUACACUGCAUUUACACUGUAAACUGCGGUUCACUAUAAAUCUAAAUGUUUUAGAAUUAUUCACUCAGAUGAUAUUUAACAGCUCGUGUAAAAUGAGUAAAUCAAAAGUAAAU